CCGAGGGUCCGGUUGCCAUGGCGAACAGGAGCGCGUGAGCCCAGGCGCCCCUCCCGCCCCCGGCCAAGCCCGGUCAAUUGCAGCUCUGAUUGGUCGCUGCUUCCUCAUUAUGCAAAUCAUUUGCGUAGACUCCGCGGCCAGCUGCCUGACGUCACCAAGCACGGGGGCUGGGGCUCGGGGCUCGGCUCCGGGAGAGCUCGGGCGGGAGCCCGGAUAGCGCCGCGCGGGGACCUCAACCCAGACCCCAGCGUCCCGCCGCCGCGGCCCGGUCCUGCCCCGCCCCCGGCCCCGCCCCUUUCCAGCCUGCCCCACCCCCUCUACGCCCCUCCACCCGGGCCCCGCCCCCUGUGCAGCCCCCCGCCCUCGCCGCCUGGACCCCGCCCCCUCCCCCCUGGCCCUCACCACUGGUCCAGGGAGGGGACGGCGGGACAGACGGGACUGGUGGGACCGGCGGGAGGGCGGACCGGGCGGGGAUAUGGCCGCGGCGCCCGGAGGGUCUGCGCCGCCCGCCGGCCCCGGCCCGCGCCUGGGUUUCAGCACCGCGGACAGCGGCGUCGGCAUGAGCGGGCUAAACCCCGGUCCUGCCGUGCCCAUGAAGGACCACGACGCCAUCAAGCUCUUCGUGGGGCAGAUCCCGCGGGGCUUGGACGAGCAGGAUCUCAAGCCGCUGUUCGAGGAAUUCGGCCGCAUCUACGAGCUGACGGUGCUGAAGGACCGGCUCACCGGCCUCCACAAAGGCUGUGCCUUCCUCACCUACUGCGCCCGGGACUCUGCUCUCAAGGCCCAGAGUGCACUGCACGAGCAGAAGACCCUGCCAGGGACUGCAGCCUGAGUCCUGUCGGUGUCUCGGCCCCCACCCUCAACCUGGUACACUGCAGGGGCUCCACCACCAGCGGCUCUUGGCAGUUUACAAAGACCUUUUGCGUCCCCAUUAUCUCAUGUGAUCCCCACAACACCCAUGAGAGGAAGAUGAAUCGUCCGAUCCAAGUGAAGCCGGCUGCCAGUGAGGGUCGAGGAGAGGACCGAAAGCUGUUUGUGGGAAUGCUGGGGAAGCAGCAGGGUGAGGAGGACGUCAGGCGCCUGUUCCAGCCCUUUGGCCAUAUCGAGGAGUGCACCGUCUUGCGGAGCCCUGAUGGUACCAGUAAAGGCUGUGCCUUUGUGAAGUUCGGGAGCCAGGGGGAAGCUCAGGCAGCUAUCCAGAGUCUGCAUGGCAGCCGGACCAUGGCGGGAGCCUCGUCCAGCCUCGUGGUCAAGCUGGCGGACACGGACAGGGAGCGCGCGCUGCGGCGGAUGCAGCAGAUGGCGGGUCAGCUGGGUGCCUUCCACCCGGCACCGCUGCCUCUGGGGGCGUGUGGAGCCUACACUACCGCGAUCCUGCAGCACCAGGCGGCCCUGCUGGCGGCGGCACAGGGCCCGGGCCUAGGCCCCGUGGCCGCAGUGGCGGCCCAGAUGCAGCACGUGGCGGCCUUCAGCCUGGUAGCCGCGCCGCUGUUGCCCGCGGCAGCAGCCAGUUCCCCGCCGGGCGGCGGCCCUGGCUCGCUUCCCGGUCUGCCAGCACCCAUCGGGGUUAAUGGAUUCGGCCCCCUGACUCCCCAGACCAACGGGCAGCCGGGCUCUGACACUCUCUACAAUAACGGGCUCUCCCCUUACCCAGCCCAGAGCCCCGGCGUGGCUGACCCCCUGCAGCAGGCCUACGCUGGGAUGCACCACUACGCAGCAGCCUAUCCAUCGGCUUAUGCCCCAGUGAGCACAGCUUUUCCCCAGCAGUCUUCAGCCCUGCCCCAGCAGCAAAGAGAAGGUGAGAGACAGGGGGGCUGGAGAUCAGGGUGCGGUGGGGCUGGACUCAGGGCCCCUCCCCUGAACCAGCGUGCUGCUGUUCCUGCAGGCCCCGAAGGCUGUAACCUCUUCAUCUAUCACCUGCCUCAGGAGUUUGGUGAUGCAGAACUCAUACAAACAUUCCUGCCCUUUGGAGCUGUUGUCUCUGCCAAAGUCUUUGUGGACCGAGCCACCAACCAGAGCAAAUGUUUCGGGUUUGUUAGCUUUGACAAUCCAACCAGUGCCCAGACAGCUAUUCAGGCCAUGAAUGGCUUUCAAAUUGGCAUGAAGAGGCUCAAAGUCCAGCUAAAGAGGCCCAAGGAUGCCAAUCGGCCUUACUGAUCUUCUCUCACUGACCAGCCACAGAAAGAAACUGAAGAGUGAGAAGAAAGGAAAGGAAAAGCACAGAAAUGCUUGAGCAGCCCUUCCCGAAGGAGCAGCCAUGGAUGGAGGUGGAUCGGACCCAAGGCUGGCGCCUGGGGCUUAGGCCACGUUAAGGAUUGUUUUCAUCAAGUGGGUUGUACUGUGCCUGUGGCAUAGAGCGCAGGCUGGCAAGGCAGCUGGGGCUGGCUGAGGAUUGACUGUCUAGGGGAACCAGCAGAGGGCCUUGGGGGUGCCAAGGGCUUCUCCGCAAGGGAAGCCCAGAUUUACUUCUUUCAAAAUCAUAUCAUUCCUUAGAGUUUAGGGACCAAAGGACUAUUGCUUUUUUUAAAAGAAUAUAUAUAUCUAUAUAAAUUAAAGAAACAAAACAAAAAAAAAAACAAAAACAAAAACAAAACAAAAGAAAAAAACACAAGAGAAACAAAAAGACAGUAUAGAGUCUCAUACAAGCUGCCUUUAAAUAUCCCUAGGAGACAGGGUGAAGGAGACCCUUGAAAGCCUCAGCCCAGGCAGAGGGAGGCUGUGGAAAGAUUGUUCUGUGUCUCAUUCCCUCUUAAAUUGUACCCCCCCCCCACCUUGCCUUUUUAAAAUAAUCAAGGACUUAAGGUCUAGCUCCCAUGCAGGUAACAAAAAGAGUUAUAGAAGCAGGGAACCCAUAAUCCCCAAACUCAGAGAGCAUCUCUGAAGAGCUCCAGGAGGAGCUCUGGCCUGUCCUGGCCUUUGCCACCCUGAGAGGCCCUCUAGCCAGCAGGAGUGUCCUUCUUGAAGGCCUUUCCUGUGGAACCACUGCUUCCCCAGACAGGAAGAGAGGGAGUUUUAACCACCCCAGCCUUUCCCUUCCCCAUCCAGAUAGACAGAGGCCCUGCCUUUGGCUGAGCCGAGACACCGCCUGUUUCCCCUCACCUUAAGUCAGCCCCAGUGUCCCCUUGUUCCAGGCCACCUUCUGUCUCCGAGUCUAUGUUUGCCCACCUGUAAAGUAGAUUCAGGAUAUAUGUAGAGGGCUGUGACAACAGACUUGGAAGGUUUGCUACUGUAUAUACUGCCAUUGAGAAGGGGAUAAUUUUCAAUAUGUAGAAGCUUCAGAAUUUAGAGGUCCCUCUUUACCCAGGACCUGGGAGGGAAGUAGAUGUUUUGCCAAAAUACUUCUUCAUUCCUUUAAAAAGUACAUCUUUCCUAUGCAAGAGUGUCUCACAUGUGCUUAUCCAAGGUGCUUCUAGAUGGUGAGCAGUGUUCAGCUUAGAAGUGGUGUGUGCUCUGUCUGUCUGUCUUUGUCUAUCUGUUGUAUUCAGUGGGUGCCAUAUAAAGCUGAUCAACGGUGGUG